UUAGAGAAAAUUUGAUUUGUGAUUAAUAGGUAAGCUUAACAUUUUCUUGUCGGUUUUAUGUCUAUCGGUUUAUCGAUUUUUAUAUCAUAGAUUUUAAUUGUGUCGUUUACUCUUUAUUAUACGGGCGCCUGUUUCCUCCAAUCCGUGCUUGGCAUUUCACAGGAUGGCACACCCACAACAUCGUCACUUUGGGAGACUCCGGCCCUCAUAGUUUCCUGGUCCUCAGCUCCGCCUAGCCUCGCUGUGGCCGGACAGAGGAAAGACUUCUCAGUUUCAGAACAAAAGCAACAACGGACCGAAGAGGCUAAAGUAACGGGCAUCCAAGUUCAGUCCUCUAGUUUGUAAAUUAAAGAUUUCAGCACACAGCUGUUCGACGAUAACGAUUCACACCGUUCUUAACUCACGCGUAAAGCGAGAAAGUUAGUUAUUUGGCAUCUUUGUAUCCCAAUCCUAAUCCGGUCGAGUGCUUGAUAACUAAGCGAGGGUACCAAACAGACGGUAUUGUUUCCCAGUGUUGAUCAAGACUUGAUUUUAGGAGAAGACUGUUAUUCGGAUAAGAGUGGUAGCCGUGUACGCAAUCGUACACGCAUAUUGAAGACAAAAGCGGCAUUGGCAUUAAUGGUAGAAAAGCCCUUCUACCAUGUCCCUGAUGGCAGCUCCCAGUGAACUCGGCGGUAGAAAAUCCGCUGCCGUACACAUGAAAGAGCCUUACAAGGUGAUGGUGAUGACCAAGACCCAAGAGCAGGAGAAGCACAAAGUCUGCCGCUCUACCAAGGAUGUACACAAAUCUGCUGACUCAGCGGAUGACGACAAAGGCGUUGCUAGCUUCAGCACGAACAACAACUCUGUCGUCUGCUUGCCCCUCGUCUCUGAAGGACUGAAGCUGGUUUGGACCCAGGCCGAUCAGACCAGAGAACUAGACGCCAUACCAGAGCUAGUCCAGGCAUUUAAUUUGUUUCCGUACCCGACGUCCCGUGAAGUGAGUGCCCUCGCCAGGGCAUGCGCCUUACCACUGGACAAAGUGAAGGUGUGGUUCAUGGUUCAGAGGAUCAAGUACGGCAUCAGCUGGGCCUCGGAGGAAAUCGAGGAGACCCGCAGGAAGCUCUCGGUGCCUGAGCUCGCUGGCGACUCUGUUAAAGUAAAAAACACAGAAUCGCCUGCGAAGGGCAAGAGAAAGGGUUACGAGGCGAUCGUUAUGGUGGACGGUGACAGCGGUCAUGAAAUAGAAGGGGCCCGCUCCACUUCGAUGCCAGCCAAAAAGAAAUCGGUGUACGAAUCCCAGGAUUCUUACAAACCCGCCAGACCGGCGGUCCUGUGUUUCAAAUCUUCCCUCCCGCCACCCCAGGACUCCUACUACUACCGCCCCCCUGUGGACACGCCAGCUACUGUGGUGGCUGACGUCUCGCUGGACCUCUCCAUUGAGUCUUCCACCCAGCAGCAGCAGCAGCAGCAGCAGCAGCAGCAGCAACAACAGCAGCAGCAGGCACAGCAGCAGCGACGUCACGGACGCUACAAGAAGUCGAAGGCACAGCUCGCCGUUCUCCGCACCAGUUUCCUGCUGGAGAACUGGCCCACGGAGAUAGAGCUACGGCGACUGCAGGAGGAGACGGGGCUGAGCCGCAACGACAUCCGAAAGUGGUUCAGCGAUAGCCGGUACCAGCUAAGGGUGGGCCGGGGGGCCCUCAGCGCCGCACAGACCUACUCCCACCCCGCUGUGCCGGAAACGCAAGAGGGGCUUCAGCAGAUUCAACCCCUUCCGCUGGUUUCUCCGAAGACACAUCUGCAACAAAACGGCCUGAAUGCACAGGAGGUAACGCGUAGCAAUGGGAUUAAAGACUCUCACUUCUUCCGGACUUUUCUCACAAACAGCCUGGAGGCCUUUGGGGAACGAGUUGUGGAAGCCGAGGAACAGGCAGCUGAGAAGGAGGCUUCCAGUAAUGGCAACCAUUUUGUUGAGGUAGAACCGAUUGAAGAGAAACCGUUACAAUUGACCAAGACCCCCAAAACUGAGCAAGCCACACAGAAGUCUGAGGAAAUCAAACCGAAGACUGAGCCAGCCACACAGAAGAAGGAAAUCACAGAGAAGACUGAGGAUAUCACAGAGAAGACUAUGGAACUCAAAGAGAAGACAGCGGAAAUCACGGCGAAGAUUGAGGAAAUCCCACAGAAGGCUGAGGAAACCACAGUGAAGUCUCAGCUAACCACACUGAAGACUGAGAAAACCGCAGCAAAGACUGAGGAAACCACACAGAAGACUGAGAAAACCAUACAGAAGAUUGAGAAAACAACAGAGAAGAUUGAGAAAAUCCUGCAGAAGAUAGAGCCACUACCCCCCAAGAUAGAGCCAACAACACCCCCACCAAUGGAGGAGAAAGAAUUGAAACCUUCUCCCUGCCCCUCCCCCGCUAGCACCCCACCACCAACUGCCUCACCUACCAAACGACUUUCAAACGGCGUCAGCAGAUCAAAGAAGUCGUCGCGCUCCACCAAGGGGGGCUCACCGCCCGUGACCCCACAACUCUCCCGGGGAUCGGGGUCCUCUGCUUCCUCCUCCCCAGCCCUCACCCCUGCUGGGCGACCGCGGAAGACCAAGGAACAACUGGACGUCCUAAAGCAGCACUUCCUGCGCUGCCAGUGGCCAAAGAGUGAAGAUUACACUGAGCUCGUCAAGCUCACCGGCUUACCGCGCGCAGACGUCAUUCAGUGGUUUGGGGAUACACGCUACGCGGUUAAGAACGGGCAGCUGCGCUGGGUGCAGGGCGUGCGGGAGCAGUUCCUGGCAGAGCUGGCCACGCAGCAAGGCAACGCUGGCGUAACCAACGGCAACAGUACCACACCACGCGGCAGUGGCGGUAGUCGCAAGCGAAAGUCGAGUCAGGCCAACGGAACUGCCGCCAACACGGACACCCUGAACAUCCAACCGCUGGAAGCGUAUCACCAGUCAACUGGGAAGCUGCAGGAAAAAGACCUUGACUCCUUGUGCAAGAGGUCUAGAAUGAGCUACCAGCAGGUCCGCGAGUGGUUUGCGUCUCAGGUGAGCGACGUCACCGAACUGGAGUCCGACAACACGGAUUGAGGAAAAAGACACUGGUGGAGUGUGUUCCCCCCAUUGGUUAGCAUCGCUUUAACUGGAAUAGAUCUGCAUCCGUUACGUCUUCCAAGAGCCAGCUCAAAAGUCAAGCAAUUGUUUUGUAUUAUUAUUAUAAUGCGGUUUUUCCCGUGUAUUCUAAUAUAUUUGGUCUUGAACUGUGCUUCUGCUUUUUAAAGAACUGCCUCAAGAAAAAAAAAGGAUGUUGUACACUGGUUUGUAUUUUAGGAUAGUUGUCUCAGUUUAGAUUGUCUGAGCAAUACAUCUAUUUUUUAGUAUUGUAGCAGUAUAAUUUAUAUUUGUAGUACAUUUGGUACUUCAGUGUAUCUCAGAAUUUUGCAGACACAGCGCUGCUCUGGGAAAGUUUAUAUAAUUAUGGUAAUUGUUGACUUAUCACUGUGUAAUCGUGUGUUUAUUGCCAAUUAUUCCUGUCACAAAUGGCACACUGGACAUUCACACUUAAAAAACUGUCAUGUUGCACUAGCUGUUUCAGAGCCUGCUGUCCCGUUCGUUAAGCCAUCUCUUUCGAUGACAACCAGUGUCAUUUUAGUUUUUUUUUAUUGAACCUUGUACCAUGCUUAAUGUAGUACUUUAACGAAGUGUGGUAGUCUGGCUAUUCUAUUAGUUUUUAUUUACAGACUGUUAGUACAUGCAUAUACCUGAAAUAUAUUCAUUUUGUUCAUGUAUUCAUUUUUAGAGCCUGCGCAUCUCAAGAAGUAUUAAAUCUGAGGUUUGCAAUGUGUUUAGUGUAGGUCUGCUCCAGUUUGACUGCAGAAAAAAACCCGUCAGUAAUUAGUUCAAUUUGUGCAUCUCCUUAACAAUGUCCCUCCAAUCAAAAGGGAGGAGGUUCAACCCGAAUUUGGCUUUGCACUCGCUGACUUGAUCGGUAUCAGUAUUUUUCUCUCCGCUAUGAUACAUAUUUUGUAAUCUCUGUAGUUGAUGCAAGGGUAGUGGUUUGGGCCAUAAUGUCCAUUUAUCUACUGGAAAUGUAGUAGUUGUAGGGAGGAACAGGACCAGGUGUAUCGUAUGUAAAUGACAACUGGCAACGCGGGGCAUGUUAAUAUAAACGAAAUACUGGAAGUGAGCGCAGACGGCCCAUUUGUAGAAGUAGAUGGGGAUUGACUAGUGAAAUAAAAGAUACAAAACAAACAGCCGUGAUUUCUAUCCACCUUAGAUAAUGAGUUGAAGCACAGAUGUAAUUAAGGUGUUUACAUGUGUGACAUAUCAUGAAUUGUUACUUUAAUGGUUUACGUAUUCCAUUAGAAGAGUAUGAAAAGUAGCCAAAUACUAGUAUUCCAUUUGUAGAGAUGGUUGUGAAUCUAUAAUAGCUUUUCGUAUACUGAAAGAUGGCCUACAUCAUCCAGUCCAUUUUGCACAAUUGUAUCACUGGUAACACACAGUAAAUAACAUUGAUUUCAUAACACGCCCAUUUACUGUCAUUUAACCUUUUUGUUUAUCUUAUUUUUAGAUUACAUUUGUUCAGGAAUAGGACUAGACUAAUAUGACUUGAAUUGGCAUUGAAUUGACACAAUUAUGGUUGUUUUGUACUAUAAAUAUAAUAUGCCCUUAAAAUUCGAAUGAGGUUUUGAAUAUUUUAAUUUUGAAUACUUAUAAGAUACCAUAUAUUUCAUUGCAAUUAACCUCCUUUUGGUCUUCCAAUAUUAAAGUCACCAUUAUUAUAGGGAUGUAUAUAUACAUCUAUUUUCAGAAAUCUUGACUGCUGUGUAUAUCGAGUGUUAAAAAGCAAUAACGUUUCAAAUUCCACACUGAUUGUUCAACAAUGUCAACAAUGCUAAUAAAAGUUUAUUGGUACAAAAACUGCAUGUUUUUUGAAACCAUGAAUAGAAAUUAACUUUUCCAGCCAUUUUCUUAUGAAUAAAAUAUAGAAUAUGAAAACCUAUGAAUGGAUAUAUAUCUUAAACAGCAUAAUGCCACAUGGCCUGUGCAAAACGAACAAGUCAUUCAACUACAAAAACAAACCUAGGGUUUACCAUAAAUGGGAUGACCUCAUCGUGACUAAAUUGACCAGAAACGUGACCACUAAAUGGAUUUCAGUGCCAAUUUCUCCCAGGUCUGGGAGACUGUAGGGAUGAUCCACUGAAUAACUGAAACUGGAAAACAUUUGGGUUUUGAUUUCCCGCCCUAAAAAUGAAGAAGAAAAUGUGUUUUAUUUAUUUAUCUGGCAGCCAAGCUACCAAGGUGGUCCGCGGAGAUCAGGGAUCAAACUCAUUCAUUUGGCUGGGAACUAAACACUCUCGCGGCUAUACUUUCCUACCACCUUUCUUUUUAAAAACGUUUUAUUUAAACACAAAUGGUAAUGUAAACUAGCCUAGGAACCAGGCGUAUCUGCAAGCUCAUGUUUGAUUUACUCUGGCAUAUACCUGUACGUAUCUGUGAAUUGGAUGGUGAGAUCUACUGGACCACAUGUUAACAUCAAUAAACUGUAAAAAGGUAAUUGCCUUUCAGACAGUGUUUGGAACGUUAUACGUUACCUGAAUGGAGGAGUAUAGGAGACUGGUGUACCUUUUGAAAAUCAAGAAGUUAAGAGCUUUAUCAAUACAUUGUCACCAUUGAACGAACAAAGCGAUGGUCUGUAGAGACACUUACU